AUGAAGAAAAUAUAUGAUGCCACUGUUUGUGAACCUAAAGAACUUCUGAAUCCCUCUCCCAAAGUAACAAAUUGUUGCAAAUCACCCUGGGUAAAAUACAGUUUUCAGAAGGCAUACAUGACCCGACUUGUCAGCUCCCAGCAAGUUUCAGCCAUGUCAAGGAACGCCGAUCAAAAUCCACCUUCUCAGCCCAAGGAGAAUAGCAUUGGCCAGAACCAUCACCAGGAGGAAGUAAUCCGCAAGAUGGCCAGGCAACUGAGAAACAUUGGAGACAGCAUUGAUCAUAGGAUGGUUCAAGAGGAUCUUCAACAGGAAGGCAGAGACGCACUGGCUCGUUUUGUCUUCGUUUUCUUUGGAGGAGUUCACGUGUUGCUGCACUUCCUCUGGGACAACCAUUUGAUGUAGAAGGAAUAUAAACGUCAAGUUCUGCUUUCCUUCUACCCUCUGAGAAAAUGUGAAUCCCACAGGCACAGAUGGGAUGAAGACCCUUCGCCAUCCCCCUUUCUUGUUAUCCAUCACUGUUGGUUUUUGCCUGGUUUGUUGGAGAACUGUGGACUCACUGGCCAUUUGUCUGUUCAGACCAAGCAGCUCUGAGAUGUCUGUGUGUGCCUCAUGGUAGAGGCCAGGGAGUCCUUAGGAACCCAGGGGGGCUCGCCACUCAGGAAACACCAGCGCUGUGGAUGGUCCCAGCGCUCCUUGUGAGGACACCUUGAACAUUUCCUUCCAUGAGAGAAAUUGAACCUUGUCCUCAAACAGGCGGUCACAGAAAUGGGCGCUUGCUCCCAGGUCUCUUCCUGUGGACCAGGCUCUCCAGUAACCUGUUGGCCCCCUCUUGUUGCCCAGGUCCAAAUCUGCAGUGCCUGGUCUUCUCCUUCACCUUUCUGUCUACCUCGUAGUCCCUGUCUCCCGGCUUUUAGAAGUAUUACAAGUAUUAAGAGAGUUUGUUGUUAUAAAUUAUGUUUCAU